GUUGCGAACAGGUAGACAGAGGCAGAGAGGAAGAGGCGAAGGGAGAGUAUUUACUCCGCUCAAAAUCUGUCCGCGUGAGAUGAGCCUUUUUUGCAUGGAGGUCUAUAAGAGAGUGUCGAAUUAGGUCAUAUUUCAUCAAAUAGAAGUUUUGUAAUGUUUAGGCUUUUACACAUGUAUUGACAUAAGUGAAUGCAAGUGGCAUUCUGGCAACUUUGAGAAAAACUACUUAGACUACGCGUGUGAACAACAGGCACAACUAUCUGCCCUCUCGUUGCCUAGAAUGGUCCCACCUGAUCGUGCUUGCCCCUAAUAAUUGAGGAAAUGUAUUUCCAUUAUUAGAGCGGUCAGACGGGUAUCUUGUCAUUUUAACAGAUCAUCUUUGACACAGGUCAAACUUUCCUCGUACACAACCUCUCUGGUAGUCUUCUCCCUGAGUUGGAAGAGCAAGGCACCAUGAGGAGGAAUGACUAUUAUAUCCCUGUAUCCUGCGAGGAGAAGGCCGCUGACUUUGGGAACACUAAGGAUGGUGGCGGUAGCAAAUAUAACAAGUAUGACUCCAUCCCCUUGAACUCCCUCAAGUCAAAUGAGGCCGGCCCAAAACAGGGGCCUACAUUCCAGGAUGGCCAGCGGCGGGUGGACUAUGUUCUCACAUAUCAUAUCCAGAAACCCCAGAGUUUUCGUCGCAAGACAUCCCACUUCGGGGAUUACCGCAUCCUCAGGAGCCUGCGCCGCAGUCUGAGCAUGAUGAGAGGUCGGGACACGCCACCACCCAAAGAAGACCCUGAGGUUGCUGCCCACAAGCAUCGCCUCGACUACCAUGAGGAUGACAAGCGCUUCCGCCAGACUGAGUUUGAGGAUAACCUUCGAGAGAUGGGCCUGGAGCUAGAGAAGGAUGAGGGGAACAAAAUCCCAGGAAUUGGCUUCCUGAAGAUCCAUGCUCCCUGGAAUGUGCUCUGUCGGGAGGCAGAAUUCAUGAAGCUCAAGAUGCCCACCAAAAAGGUGUACGAGGUCAAACAGGGAAGUGAUGUGGUGGAGAGGAUCAAUCUGUUCAUCCGCAAAGUGACUGCACCACUUCAUCCUAAAGUGGAGCCGAAUAGAGCCCAAAAUGUGAAGCAUCUCUCCCACCCUUUCUCCAGGGAAAAGCAGCACCUGUUUGAUCUCUCAGACAGAGAGUCUUUCUUCGACAGCAAAACCAGGGCCUCGAUAGUUUAUGAAGUGUUGAAACGUACAAGAUGCAUUAAAGCCAAAUACACCAUGGGAAUCACCAGUCUCCUUGGCAAUGGUGUGUACAGUGCUGCGUACCCUCUUCACGAUGGGGAUGUUGACGGCAUGGGGCCGGAGGCCAAUGACAGGAAGAUCUUGUAUGAUGAAUGGGCAAGCUACAGUGUCUUCUACAAGUACCAACCAAUUGGGUUAAUCAGGAAGUACUUUGGGGAGAAGAUUGGCCUGUACUUUGCCUGGCUGGGGGUUUACACCCAGAUGCUGAUCCCUGCUGCCAUAGUGGGGGCCAUAGUGUUCCUGUACGGUUGUGCCACUGUGGACAAUGACAUUCCCAGCAUGGAGAUUUGUGAUCCGAGAAACAACAUCACCAUGUGCCCACUGUGUGACCGCGCUUGCAGCUACUGGAAGCUGAAGACCGCAUGCGGCACGGCCAGGGCCAGCCAUCUCUUUGACAACCCGGCCACUGUCUUCUUCUCCAUCUUCAUGGCCCUCUGGGCUGCCAUGUUCAUGGAGCACUGGAAGAGAAGGCAAAUGAGACUCAAUUACAUCUGGGAUUUGACUGGCUUUGAAGAGGAAGAGGGCCACCAUAGGGCUGAGUAUGAGAUCCAAGUCAUGCAGAAGACCCUGAAGAAACAGGAUAUGUCUCCCAAAGAAAAAAAAGUGAAACUGACAUGUACAGACCGUGCACCAGCAUAUAUGACAGGAAUUUUCACAAUGCUUAUUAUGGUUGGUGUGACCUUUGCCGUAGUGUUCGGGGUCAUCCUGUACAGAAUCUCCAUUAAGGCGGCCUUACACAUGAGCUCCAAUCCCGCGGCUCGCACCAACAUCCGGGCAACUGUCAAGGGCACCGCUGCAGUCAUCAACCUGGUGAUUAUCAUCAUCAUGGAUGAGGUCUACGGUGCCUUAGCUCGCUGGCUCACUCUUCUUGAGGUGCCAAAGACUGACAAGAGUUUUGAGGAGAGGCUGAUAAUCAAGACCUUUGUUCUGAAGUUUGCCAACGCCUUCUCCCCCAUCGUCUACCUGGCCUUCUUCAGGGGCAGAAUGGUUGGGCGUCCUGGGGACUAUGUGUAUGUUAUCGGGUCAUACAGGAUGGAGGAGUGUGCCCACGCAGGUUGCUUGAUGGAGCUGUGUAUUCAGCUCUGUAUCACCAUGCUGGGCAAACAGCUCAUCCAGAACAACCUGUUUGAAAUCGGCAUCCCUAAAAUAAAGAAGCUGAUCAGGCGUCGGAAGUCUGACAUGGACUCUCAGCAGCAGGAGGACUAUAACAUGACCCUACAGCGUCAUGAGAAGGACCACUUCCUGGGUCCCUUCGUGGGCCUCAGCCCAGAGUACAUGGAGAUGAUCAUCCAGUUUGGCAUGGUGACCCUGUUUGUGGCCUCCUUUCCCUUGGCACCACUCUUUGCUCUGCUCAACAACAUCAUCGAGAUCCGUCUGGAUGCUAAGAAGUUUGUGACAGAGGUCAGGCGGCCCAUCGCAGCCAGAGCAAAAGACAUUGGCAUCUGGUAUAAUCUUCUGAGAGGGCUCAGCAAAGUAGCAGUCAUUGUCAAUGCGUUUGUCAUUUCCUUUACGUCCGACUUCAUCCCUCGACUAGUCUACCAGUACAUGUACAGCCCUGAUGGCUCCAUGCACGGCUUUGUCAACCACACUCUGUCCUACUUCAACGUCAGUGACUUCCAGCCUGGCACUGCCCCUCUGCAGCCAAUGCACCUGGGGUAUGAAGUGCAGAUAUGCAGAUACAAGGACUACAGAGAGACACCAUGGUCCAACACACCCUAUGACCUCUCCAAAGAGUUCUGGGCUAUACUGGCUUGCCGGCUGGCCUUUGUCGUCGUUUUUCAGAACGUGGUGAUGCUGAUGAGUGACUUUGUUGACUGGCUGAUCCCAGACAUCCCCAAGGACAUCAGUCUGCAGAUCCACAAGGAGAAGAUCCUGAUGGUGGAGCUCUUCAUGAAGGAGGAAGAGGGCAAAAAGCUCCUCCGAGACAGCCACGCCAACCAAAGUCCUCUUCAGCCCCGCUCUCGCCCUGCCUCACAUACACCUUCUAACUGCUAGUGCCCUGGUGGGUGGCUCCAUCUGCCCGUUCAUCUGGUCUGUUCAAAAACCUUCAGCCCCCCUUGUCUGGACUUGGACACUCCACAUACACAGUGGCCUACUCAAGAAAAGAGGGAGGCAGCUAUUGGCAGGCUUCUGCACGUGCACCCUUUCUGACUUAUAGCAAGCCAUUGCCCAACCUUUGGUGAACCAGGUAUCAGGCAGAAGGCUCAGAGGGCUGUUUUUCUCUUUUGCACAAAAAUGAUACAAUGCAGGAAAACAUGUAGAUCUUUUUUGAAUAUGCAAUUUUGCUAGCUAAUGUUUUUAUUUUGAAACUUUUGCCUUUUUAAGACACUGAGAUCAGGUAAAGGAGCUUGCCAUUCUGCUUGUUUACCAUGCCAAUUUUCCCUUAUGUCAUGUGUUUUAUGUCCUCCUGUUUGUUAUUAUACUAAUUCAUAUCUAUUGUGGGCUAGGUUUCCAUCCAAUUGGCGACAGAUUUUCAUGCAAAUAUUCUACAAUCCGCAUAAAAACAAGAUGCACAUUUUCCCACCAGAGAUGUUUCCAUCAAAUGUAUGUGUUGCAGAUGAAAGUAUGUGCAUGAUGACUUAGUGCACAUAAAAAUAUAUUUUGCAGUUCAAUUCCCACAUACCGAACACAAAAUAGCCUACAAGUUAAAGGUUUCCAUCACAUUUUCAAAUUUACUCAAUGUUUUCCUCACAAAAAAAAGUUACGUUAUAUAGGGAGUAUGCAAGUGCGCUCUAGCCAACGUAUAUGCGCGCUGUUGACUAGACUGCUCAUAUAGCCUACGCGAUGAUAUUAUUAUGGACAAAAGAGCGAGAUUACUUUUAUUUGUCAAACAGCAGCCAAGCAUCGAUGAUCAUGUCAACAACUAUUUCAAGGAGAGGAAGAAGGUAUUUUGUCAGCCCAUUUUGUAUAUAAUUUGUGAGUAAACAAUACUUUUUAAUGCAUAUCCAAUACAUUGUCAAUAUUGAAUCCUAUCAAUAUACACAGUCUACAAAACAUUAUUGACUUGCACCCCCUUUUGCCCUCAGAAGAGCCACAAUUUAUCAGGGUAUGGACUCAACAAGGUGUCGAAAGCAUUCCACAGGGUUACUGGCCCAUGUUGACUCCAAUGCUUCCCACAGUUGUGUCAAAUUGGCUGGAUGUCCUUUGGGUGCUGAACCAUUCUUGAUACACUGUUGAGCGUUAAAUAAAACAGCAGCGUUGCAGUUCUUGACACACUCAAACCUGUGCGCCUGACACUUACUACCAUCCCCGUUCAAAGGCACUUCAAUCUAUUGUUUUGCCAGUUCACCCCCUGACUGGCACACAUAAACUAUCCACGUCUCAAUUGUCUCAAGGCUUAAAAAUGAUUCUGUAGCAUGUCUACUCCAAUUUAUCUACACUGAUUGAAGUGGAUUUAACAGGUGACAUCAAUAAGGGAUCAUGUCUUUCACCCGGAUUCACCUGGUCAGUCUAUGUUGUGGAAAGAGAAGGUGUUCCUAAUGUUUUGUACGCUCAGUGUAUAGGGUUUGUAAAAGAGGAGAAACGUUCAUCCAUCUUGUCUUAACACAAGAAAAACAACAUUAUUAAAAACAUUUUAAAAACCUCAUGAUCAAACCAAGGACAUAUUUACAAAUGAAGCACAGAAAUAAACGAGAAAAAAAUAUAUAUAUCCUUUGUGGUACCAUGUCAUGUUUUGCUUGUUUGUGACCACUGUUUCUCAUACAGAAGGAUCUGUAAUUCCAUGUCUGUGUUUAGGAAUGUGACAGACCUUUGAUUUAGUCUCUUCUGAUCAAACAGGGGAAAAAAUGUAGAUACUUCACGUCAAUGGAAUGACAUGGAACCUGCCCCCCAGACUGUUGGAAUGUAUUACAUUAUUCACAAUUAGUAGUUAUUAUAUAUUUUAUAUUUUCAAUGAUAUGUACGAUAUUUAACUGUCUUCAACUUCUAUUUUGUGUGUCUACGGUAUUGAAAUGUAUCAACAUUGACCUCUUGCAAUAUAAUAUGUUUGUAAUAUUACAUUACUCCUGGAUGCAUACCCAGGUGUUUGUACUUUGAUACUGGCUAUAUGAGAUGUCUUUCCUUUUGCUUAUAGAAAGAACUCUGAUGGCCAUUAACGUAGUCUCAGAUGUAUUUGUUAAGGACAUUGCAGAAUAUUGCAUCACCUCAUGUUUUAAUUUCUGAUUCAAGGACAUGUUUUUGUUUUUAUACUACUAAUAUUGUAUGUUCAUUGUAUGGCUUAUAGGCCAAUGCUGAAUGGCAGCCACAAUACCUUGCUUUUGAGCUAGUGGCAUCUUAUUCCCAACUGAUACUUAGAUAUUUCAAUCCUUGAUAUUCAUCUUGGUAUACUAGAGCAGUAGAGAAAAACUUGGUGUUUAAAUAUUUGCCUGAAUUGUACAGCAACAUUACAACUAUAUUUGAUUAGGAUAGUACUAUAUUUAUUUCAUAUUUCAGGCUCAUAUUUCCACUAGAGGUCUGUCAGCCUAAAGUAAAAGUUUUAGGAUAUUUUAAUUACAAUAAAAUAAUACAAGUUA